AAACAAUACCUUCACGCCUCGCACACAGUAACACACACUGUCCCUCUCUCUCUCUCUCUCUCUCUCUCUCCUCGCUGUCUCUGUCUCUCUCAUCCAACCCGCGUACGAAAAAGUUACAAAUAGAAAAGGAAAAAAAAUCAAAAGAAGGAAGAAGUAGAGAGAGAAAGUAAAAGAAGGAAGACACAGAGUCAGAGAGAAGGGAGUCUUUUUUCUAGGGAAGGAAAUCUUUCGUUCAAUCUAUUCCUCUCUCGUCUCCAGAAUCACGCGGCCUCCAAUUUUUCACAAUGAAUGACCUUUUGUCGUCGGUGGUCAGGUGGGCAGUUUCUUCGGGAGGCUGGGGACUAACUUGCCCGGCGCAGCAACAACUGUGGGGAUAUACCAGCAGAACAACAUCCGCAGAAUGCGGCUAUUCGACCCCCACGCUCCGACUCUCCGCGCCCUCAGCGGCACCAACAUCCGCCUCAUGAUGGGCGUGUCGCACCCCGAUCUCCGGGACCUCGCCAACUGCCCCCAGGCAGCCACUGCCUGGGUCAGCCGCAACAUCCUACGCUUCCCCAACGUCACCUUCCGCUACAUCAUCGUCGGGAACGAGAUCGAGCCGGAGUCGGAGCUGGGGCCCUUCGUGUUCCCGGCGAUGCAGAACGUGUACCGCGCCAUCCGCGCCGCAGGUCUGGCCGCAUCCAUCCAAAUAAAUCUCCUGACUAUGUGGAAUCCUCCGCAGGCGGCGGAGUUCAAGUGCGGCGUCAACUGGUUCAUCAGGCCGAUCCUCGAGUUUAUAAGGGACACGAGCGCGUCUAUCCAUUUAAACGUGUUUCCCUUCUACGCUUACCUCAACGAUAGGGCCAACAUCAACCUCUCCUUCGCGCUUCUGCAGCCCAACAGCGGUGUCGUUCUCGGCGGCGUCUACUACGACAAUCUUUUCUACGCAAUCCAUGACGCCUUCGUGGCCGCCAUGGGCAAGAUCCUUGCCGCAGCAACGCCAUUGUCCGUGCAACAAUUGGCCAUACCAGAGAAUAAGGGAACCAAGACGACGACGAGCUCUGGGUCAUCUAGUGGUGGCGGACACAAUUCUCCACCUCCGGGAAGCGUCCCAUUGGGCAGCGGUGAUGAGAUAAUGGCUGUCACCGACGGGCCUAUCGCCACCGUAGAUAACGCGAGGAUCUACAUCAACAAUUUGAUGCGCGUGGUGAGGACGGGAACCCCCAUGGUGGCCGGCCCUAUACACACAUACAUAUUUGCUACGUUUGACGAGAAUCUGAGGCCCGGCCCGAAGCAUCUGUCUUCUUACUCUUACAACUAGCUUCCUUAUAAGAUCUGGUAAUAACCUAGCCUCCCACUUCAUUACAUGUUUAUUACUCCUAAUUGAAAUAUAUAUAUAUAUAUAUAUAUAUAUAUAUAUAUAUAUAUAUAGUUUCAUAUAUGGGGCUUGUAUCUAUCUGAUUUCUAUUUGAAUAUCACAGUUUUCCUUCUCCUUCUAAUAUGAUACGAUAUAUAAUUGUGUUUAUAUAUGAUUAAUUUUCUUGUUUUUCCUGUGGUUUUAAUUUGACCAUGAUCGAUGAAUCGAUCUCAUCUACCUAUGAUGUUUUCGCAGUUAGAUAUAUGCAUACAUGUGAUUGGCCGAGCUAUUUAUGUACAGACCGUACCAUGUUUCUUGUAUUAUAUGUGCACUAGUUUUCCUCAAUAGGGCAAUAUUCUUCAAGUUAUACAUAUAUAUUGGUAUGCAUAUGCCAAAUUCUUUAUUCGAAAUUAUGUUUUAUUUUCUCUAUUUCCGAAUUAACUGCCUACAGACAUCACAUGUGUUUGAUUUAAGCUAGGGUUAAGUACAUGUAUAUAUGCAGUAAUAAGAUUUAUAAUUUGAUUUUUAGUUUCUUGCAACCUUCAACUAGUAUGAUUUUUCUUUGUCCUCAA